AGACCGGGAUGGCCUCUCUCAGGUUUCUCUCUGAUAAACGACAAUAAACGAUCGCGUGUUUCGAGCUUUCAGGAAGUACAAUACAUGCGUGUGCAUCUGUGUCACGUAUUCACAGAUAACCGUGAUUUAUGCAGGCCGGGAUUACCCGGCUUUCCGUAUAGUUUCUGUGCCGUGAAUUUUUCGAGUAAUACGCUACGGCACACGCUACUCGACGGUCCACUCCAGUGUGAAACGUUUUGCUCUGGGCUUGCCCGUCGUCUGCUUUUGUCACGCCCACGUUUUCCCCGUCGAGAGUCAAGAUUUCUGUCCCAGUCCGGUUCCCCAUUCUUCCGUCGAGCUGACAAUCGGCAACACACGAAGUUCUUGCGACAGACAAUGCAACCCGUAAAAUCAUGAAGUUUUACGAGAAUCCGGAUUGCGUGCCUCUUGAGGAACUGCAGCUGAAUAUCAAGAAUGACGGGGUGGUUGUUGUGAUAAAUGCGUUGAAUGCCAAAUGGGCGGACGAGCGUUACUUCCUACGUUACGAAGUGCCGGAGAUAUACGAUGAAGAUGGGUCAGAAAUUGUGGGUGCUAAGGAUCGCUGGCUGGAGGUUGUGAAUUACAUCAUUGAGGAUCUAAAUUGGUUACUGGACCUUCCGUUUUAUCGAUUCUGGUCCAACAUUGUGUACAAUGCCUCGAUUAUGGAUACAUUGGUAUCUUUUUUACAAGAGGCCCCGCCGUUCUACACGUUAGAAAAUUUUCCUGCCGAACCGAAGAUGCUCGAGGCAUUGGAAAAUCUUCAUCAUAACGUACUUAUCAUCUUUGCACGUCUCUGCACGAAUAAGAAGAGUCCGGGGGAAUAUAUGAGCCGUCCGUUCCUUGGGAAUUUGUUAUACGACAAUUAUAUAUUUACAAUACCAAUUAUAUUUGAUCUGUGUCAACUGUACGGUAGAGAAAAUGCCAAAGUAGUGGAAAAAAUUAUACAUAGUGUAUUUAGUCUACAGCCAAUGUACAAUGACGACCUUCAGAAGUCUGUGCCGUGCCUUAUAAAGGCUCUCGAAAAUGUUGAACGGAGAUUCGAGGAUUAUCCAAGUGAUGCGACUGAAGCAGUAGCACUUUCAGAGAGAGGAAGCUCCAUUGAGAUGACGUUGUAUAAUUUAGAGGAUUUGAUACUCUAUGUUCUAGAUGUAUCAUCAACUCUUACUGCGUUAUUAAGAAGCUAUUCUCCAGUAACUGCCACAUUUCACACAGAUGACUUCAUAAACAAGAUAGUUUCAUUAUAUGGAAGUACAAUACCUGAGAUGUAUAAAAAGUUAGAUAAGUUAGCAUAUAACGAGGAAAGUAUGCCAAAGUACAUUGAAUUGAAGCAUCGUCUCGAUGUAACCAGAGUGGAAAUGUUAAACGUUUAUCGAAUUAUUAUCUAUGAACCUAUAUUAAAUAUUCAGGAAAAGCUAAACACAAUAACGGAAGACGAGAUAAGAAAUUGCAUAGAUGAAUAUUUAAAUUUACUAAUAAAUGCUAUAUCUGAAAAAGAAUUCAUUAUAGAUUAUCAUCAGUUUUACCCGAUUGAUAUUGAUCUAAAAAAUAUGACCAAACUUUGUCCUGAAGUUGAUACAAUAAAAUGCGAGUAUAUAUUACAAUCAUUGCAUGCAUCAAUUGGAGAUACUAAGACGUCAGCUAGUGCAUCUCUCAAUAAUACUAAUAUGGCUGUUGCUGGAUCUAGCGGUGUUCAAAGCAAUCAACAAAAAAAACAUUCCAACGAUGUGAAUUGCGUAAACAAUAAGACGGACUUUGCUUCAGAAGAUCCUUUCAACAUAAUGGCUCUCAUCUCGGAAGUAAAAGAAGUUUUGUGCAAUUUUGACUAUGGUGAAGGUUUCAUACAGCUAUGUUUAAAGCAUUAUAAUUAUAACGUUGAAUCUGUGAUAAAUGCAGUUUUGGAGGAUGAUUUACCACGUAAUUUGAAAGAAUUUGAUAAGACAAUACCAUAUAUACCACCGGAUCCAAUGGAAACGUCGGCUGCUGCGGCACCUGCUGUUGUAAAUCUGGCCAGCAAUUUUCAAGAAUUAGAUAUUUCUUACAACACUGAAUUCGAAAUUUUGACAGAGAACUUUGCAGAGUCGGAGACAAGGAAAAAGAAAGGUAGAUACAGAAAUGCUAAUGAAAUGCUGAAUGACAAGUCUGAAAUUAAGAAAUCGUGGAAUAUUUAUGAAAAGUACAGCCUUGUCGUCGAUGAAUACGAUGAUGAAUAUGACGACACAUAUGAUAGUCAUGACAUUCGUGGUAGCGCACCGGACGAUUCCACAGAAAUAGACGUUAGGCCUUUCACCACUCCGAGGAUAUUUCAAACACGCGAUAAAAAUAAUGCUAGCUCGGAGGAUGACGAUGAGAAUGAAGAAGAGAAACCUGUACAGAAUAACGACCAUUUCAUACAAAAUCCAGCGGAAUUGCGCGCUAAAGCUGAACAGCGAAGACAAUCCGUAAGAGAUGGCAGAAAUGCUCACGAUGUAAACGGCAAGCCAACAGGUCAAAAGCAAGACAAGAACGGCUCGACUAAUAAUAGGAAGAAAAAUAUAAACAAAGCUUCACAAGGCAAUCACAAUCGGCGCAUAGGUGCCCAGAUUAAAAGAAACCGAGGAAUGAUUCCAUCUUAAAGCGGCACAUUUUCGCAAACGCAAAAGAUUAGACGAUGUACAUACUGCCAAGCAAUGAACAUCUUUACUUUGUUAUUUAAUCAUCCCACAGAAAUAAACAUUCUUAUAAUUUCUA